AUGCCUUCCCACCGCCGUCGCUCCUACUCUCCUGACCGUUCGCGCACGCCGUCGCGAGAGCGCGAUCGUUCUCGGUCACGAUCUCCUGAGAGGAGCGUGCCUCUGCCUAGCGGUGCCACACCAAUAUCUGAGUCUGACUACUUCGUCAAGAAUGACGAGUUUCGGGUAUGGUUGAAAGAUGACAAACGGAAGUACUUUGACGAAUUAACGAGUGAAAGAUCGCGCAAAUAUUUCCGGAAGUUUGUAAAGGCAUGGAACCGAGGCAAAUUACCGAAGUUCCUCUAUUCCGGCAUAGACGUAUCAUCCGCAAGUAGUCAAACUGGAUACAGAUGGUCUUUUGCUUCCAAGGCGUCCAGCGCGGACAAUGCUGCCCUGCAGGCCGCGCGCGACGAGGUCGGCGCAGCCACAUACAAGCGGCCUUCGCGCCCGGGCCUUCCCUCAGGCUCCGCGGGUGGGCGCGUGCAGGGUCCCACGUUGCCCUCACAAGCCGACCUCACCUUCGCACGUGAAGCCGCAGACGAGCACCGCGCGGCUGAGCGCGACUACGGCCGCAAACGCGAGCGGAAGGAGGUGAAGGAGCGCGUCGAGGAAAUGGUCGGGCCGAAGGAGGCCGGGCGCGAGGGCAUGCUGGAGAAGAAGCGCGUGCAGCGCGAGAGCGACCGUGCGUUCAGGGAGCGCGGCGAUGAGGGCCUCGAGGUGGACGAGUCGACGUUGAUGGGCGGCGGUGAUAGCUUCAAGGAGCGUAUUGCCCGUCGGGACAUGGCGCGCAAACGAUUUGACGAAAAGCGGCAUGGUCCCAGGGAUGAUAGGACGACCGCUAUUCGCGAACGCGCGGACGCAAUACGAGAGAAAGAUAAGGCCACUAUGGAUAUGUUUAUGCAAAUGGCUAAGCAAAAGUUUGGCUGACGACGCCUGGAGCGUGCCUCAUGUCGUACUUCUUGUAUCAUGCUGUCGAUAGCCUUAAUGAAGACCUACCGGAUCCCAGGGCC